GCUUAACUUUAUUACAAAAAUAAACAGUACUGACUGUACCAUGAAAAUGUACUGUACUUUUAAAAUAAAAAUACUAUCAUAAAUAUUAAUGUAUGUUAAUUAUUAAUAAAUAUUAAAGUAAAUAAAAGAUAUACAUCCAAUCUGAACCAAAAAGUAACAUGCCAAAUAACAAAUAAAAACAGAGACAUCUAAAAUGAUUGAAAAAAAACCAAAACAAAAAACACUUCAAAUAGCACAACAAAAUGUUCACCUCUAGAGGCCUCUCUUGUACUGUAUAAUGACAGCGGAUCCUUCUCAGCCGCUCUCUCGCAACCGUGGUGGAUUUCUCCAGAUAACCGGUCUGCAAAACCGAUCAAUCGGACGAUCUCCAGUUCGAACAGCCAAAGACACAUUUACAACUCAUGCUUGCUGAUGUUUUCUCUUAUUCAACAACGGCAACUUCGACAAGGUGAUUUUUAUAAUGCUGGGAGACGGGACACUUCAGAGUCUAGAGAGCAUUUGACUGGACAGAAAAAUCUGAUGAGAAGCUGAAGUACAGAAUGAUGUCAUCGAAAUUGUUGAUCCGUGUUGGUGCUAGUGAGAGACUGUACAUUUUGAAUGCAUGUAUCUUUUUGUUAUUUGUUGUUGUUUUGGAACAACACUAGCUUACAGAUAACCUUAAGGCGAACAUAUUCAUACUAAAAGACACUAAUCUUACAUUUUGAUUUCAUGGGGACUUAAAUUUUUUUUUUUUUUACUUAGAAAUCUUAUCCAGUGUACCUUUAAAUAAGUCGCUGUUAGAGCCCACUCGGGGUAAAGAGUAAAUAUGGUUCAACCCACGGCCGCACGGUGGCGCUGUAUCCAACCUGUUAGAGCACAUCCUCCGCCUGAACUUUUCCUCCUGGCUCAGUAAUCUGACACCGGCACUAACCCGGGAAACAGAGGAUGCAUUCCCGACUUCACUUUAGCACAAAAAGAGCAAUAGUUUGAUCCAGAGGAGAGACAGUGAGGAAGACUGUGAGACAGCGCGGACUGAGUUUCAGCUCCUUUCAGCUUCUGGGUUUCUAAAUGCGCUACACAAAGUUUGUCCCUGAAGCUGCGGAUGGGUGACGACCACUCUCAGCGCUUCCAUGCAAGGAGACGAUGAAGAAUCACAACGGCAGCCCCAGACUAAACCACCAUCACCCGGCUAAUCACACCAGAGAUCGGAACGGUAGAAGGGGAGACUGGCUGUGGGCCGUUUGGCUGCGCUUCUCACUGCGUGAUUAUGGCUUCUGCAUGGCCGCACUGCUGCUCUUCAGCCUCGGCUCGCUCUUCUACCAGCUCAACGGAGGACCUCCGAGACUCCUGCUCGACAUGCGCCAGUAUCUCGGAGAAUCCACAUUCAUGGACGAUCACGGUCCCCCUGUCCAAAAGGUGCCGCCAUUCCCCAGUCAGGUGAUCUAUAAUCGAGUAGGGAAGUGUGGCAGUCGCACUGUGGUGCUGCUCCUCAGGAUUCUGGCUGAGAAACACCAGUUUAACCUGGUUUCCUCUGACAUCCACAACAAAACCCGGCUCACCAAGCACGAGCAGGUGGAUCUGAUGAAAAACAUCAGCACAAUCCCACAGCCCUUCCUGUACACGAGGCAUGUUCACUUCCUCAACUUCACCAGGUUCAGGAUGGAGCAGCCUGUGUACAUUAACAUCAUCAGAGACCCCAUUAACCGCUUCCUCUCCAACUACUUUUUCCGCCGGUUUGGAGACUGGAGGGGCGAGCAGAAUCACUUGAUCCGCACACCUCGGAUGAAAGACGACGAGAGAUACCUGGACAUUAACGUGUGUAUCCUGGAGAAUUUCCCAGAGUGCACAAAUCCUCGCCUUUUCUACAUUGUGCCGUAUUUCUGUGGUCAGCAUCCUCAGUGCAGGGAGCCGGGUGAAUGGGCACUAGAGAGGGCCAAACAGAACGUCAUGGAGAACUUCCUGCUAGUGGGAAUUUUGGAGGAGCUGGAGGACGUGCUGCUCCUGCUUGAGAGACUGCUACCUCACUACUUCAGCGAUGUGCUGACCAUCUACCACAGCCCAGCCUUUUGGAAGGUGGGCAACCUAACAGGCACAGUAAAGAAGCACAUGCCCACGCUGGAGGCUUUGCAGGUGUUGUACCGCCGCAUGAGGUACGAAUACGACUUCUACAACUUCGUGCGCGACCAGUUCCACCUGGUCAAGAAGAAAAUUGGCCUUAAGUCGACACAUACAAGCUCGGUGCGAGAGCUUGACUUUCUGCGGGAGCUCGCCCUACAAACCAACGACCCACUGGACGAGGAUGACGAAGAUGAGGAGGACGAUACUGCUCUGGAAGAUGCCAACAACUGGUUGGUGCAGCCUUGAAUGUUGGCACAAAGAAUCCCAGGAUUCAAGUGGAGAUAGCAUUCCCAAGAGCACUUUGUGUGUGUGUGUGUGUGUGUGUGUGUGUGUGCGUGUGCGUGUGUGCGUGCGUGUUGUGUGCAUGUACACAUGAUCAAGUGAUACCCGUAUUUUUAACGGGGGCAUUAUAAAUCCACCAGGACAGUUAAAGUGCAUGGAUGGACCUAAUUUAAUAUAUUCAAAAAUACAAAACAAAAGACAAUGUACAAAUGAAUUUAUCUUUUGUCUUUUUUUAAUUAAGAAUUAUUUUUGCUUUGUUUAAAAAAAAAGGAAAAGAACUCAGAAAAAAGAGUUUUUGUCAUUUGUUUAUAUAUCUGGUGUUUAAGAUUUGGGGGAGAAUAAAUGGAAGAAUAUUUACAAUCAGUAUCAUGGUGGAGGAAAUGGACACCCAGAACAGAGCAGAGAGUUCAAAAGUUCUGUGUUUGAUUUCAGAUAAGAUCCACACCAUCAUUCAAACCAAACAGACUUUACACUGCACAUGCAGAGCCCAAUGUGUUUUGUUAAGAAACUGUUGCUCUCUGAUGGCAGAGCACUACCUAGUAUCAGUUUUAUGUAUGGAGCGCAUAUACAGUACUCUAAAUUUUAGGGAGCACAAGCUGUACCUCAGGAAACUCUUCUUUUAAGUGCCUUUAUUACAAAUUCCUAAUAAAUGUUUUAAAAAUAAUAAUAAUGGACAAAUCAUGCCACAAUAUUGCCAUGAGGAGAUGUUUUGAAAAAGCCCAAAACUACAAUGGACAUGAUAUUUUAAAAAAAUUGUUUACCAGGACUGUUAACCAUCAGUAAACAGAAAUAGCCCAAACUUUGACCACUGAUGCCAACUUGGACCAGUGCCUUCUGUACACUCAGGAUGUCUGCCAUGUGUGAAAUGCAAACAUGUCAUCAUUCAUUAAUAUCAACAACCAAAUGACAUCAUAUAUCAUGUAUUGUAUUAGAAAUCGGCCAAUCGGAAAUGACAUAUUUGAUAGAAAACAUGAAAAAUAAAACACAAGGUGGUGUAAUUAUUAUUACCAUGCCAAAGUCUCACAGACGAUCCAAUGAUCAAAAACGUUUAUUUAUUAAAAAACAGUGUCAUGCUUUUUUUUUUUUAGAAUUUACAUUUAUUAUAAUUUAAUUCUGUGGAAUGCCCAUAAAACAAGUCCUUUUAUCAUUUACAUGACAAAAGCUAAGAGCAGUCAUUCCCAUACAAGAUUGAAGUUAAUAAGACAAAACAAAUGCAGCUUGUCUUUUAGCCAAGAACCUGACAAGCGCAAUGUCCUGAAGAUGGAAAACUUUAUAGCUUUACCACAAAGCACUGACACUGGAGACUCCUUACAAAAAUGCUAAAUAUACGCCGCCUCACAGAAAAUGUCACCAUAUAUUUUAGGUAUUUUUUUUGUGGAGUGUCGGCCAUGCAAGUCCCUGUGGAAGCUGUUUAGUUGUUACUACAGAAACGAUAAAACCUGUGAUUUGCCUUGCAGCACUACUUCCAGAGCUGCUGUUGUAGAAACUGAAUCAACAGUGAAAUGGCAUUUAUUCCACAAAAGCCUAAUUAGAAGUUGAUUAAGGUAAGGUGGAAGUGUAUCGGGGCUAUUAUUUUAAUUAUUAAGACAUUGGACCUCUGAUCAGAAGGUUAUGAGUUCAAAUCCCAGUACCACCAUGCUGCCACUGCUGGGCCCUUGAGAAAAGGACCAAACUGCUCAGUUGUAUGAAUGAGAUAUAUGUAAGUCGCUAUGAUAAGGACAUCUGCCAAAUGCCAGAAAUGUUCAUGUAAUAACAUUAUUUUCAUGGUUAACAAAAACUUAUUAUAAAUUUGGUAAUGUUAUAGAAGCUACAGUGCUGAAUAUUUGUUCUAAGCUUAAUUGUUUAAGCUUCUAGCAAUCACUUCAUGUCCAUUAAAGACAAUGUAGUUUGCUAUUGAGGCAGUAAAGGCUGUCUGCCGAUCACAGACCAGGGAAGGCAGGGCACAUAAGGAAAUGUGGGUGUAUCAUGAGUCUAUAUAUAGCUAUACCUGACCAAAUUUCUGCUAACAUUAUCCAGCUAGCUGACAAAAGCUAAGUCAGGAUUUCUGAGAAGAUGAUUUUUAUAUUCAUGCAUAUAAUCAGCCAGCUAGAUGGCUAACACAAGCUAACUUGACAGGAUGUUUCAGAAAAACAGGUUAUCAUAAAACUACUCGGAAACAUUUGUUCAGUCCAUAUAUCGGCUUAAAGACGUUCCUCAAACUUUGCAAAACUUUAUCACUUUAUAACCUCAUGACUCGUUAGUGUGUAUCACACAAGCGAGGAGUGUGGAGCAGGAAUCUCAAACAACGUCAUUUAUACAAUCAUUUUGUAUUUCCUAGCUUGAGCAUAGCAAAUUCAUCAUUGUGCCUGUUUCUGUUCAUAAACAGCUUUAUAUUUUAUGAUUAGCUGUUUAGGAAAGGAAAUUGCAUCAUGACAAAAUGGCUUGAGAGCAAAAUUCUGUUCCUGAAAUCUACAGUGAUGUUGACUUGAUCCAUCUGACCUGCAAGGGCUUCACUUGAAUACUUAAUAAAGUGUUGGAACUGUCCCUUUAAAAUGUGAUUCGAUUGCAGGGGAAGUCGGCAACGCAGCAUUGGAACACAGUGUGUAGUGUAGUGCAUUUACACGUUACACAAAGAGUGUUUUCUAAAACCAACCCCAAACGUACAAAACGACAUUACUUAUCACAGAAAAAACAUCGUAACAUUUUAAAAAGAACUCACCCAACACUUACAGUAUGAUAUUCGAUGAUCCUAAUCCUGCCAAUCAGGUAUUAAUGUGUAUGUAUUGUAUGUAGUAUUAAAGUGUAUUAUGGAUUAAUUUAUUCUACAGUAUUAAUUGUGUAAAUGCAUUCUAUAUACAAUUCUCAGGAAAACAGAGUGGAAUUCCAUUUGACAUUGAAUAGCUAGCACACUGAGGAUUUGUAAUCAACAUCUGAUGCGUUAAAAGACUCAGCAGCUAAAUUGACCACUCUUCAAAAUGUCAAAAUAGUAAUGUACAUGUAUAAAAUCUAUUUUCUGGCACAGCUUCCAAAAUAAAAUGUCUUUUUAAGAAC